AUGAUUGACACAGUCACCUCCACUUACCUCCCAAUCCUAACCUCGAUGGAAACCCCUCCAGCACGGCGCUCCCGCAAACCUGUUCCUCACAGUGAUAGACGGCAUCAAGAAGGUCAUGUGUGGUUGUACAAUGAUUACUUUGUAGAAGUUCCAGUCUACCUAAGUGACCUUUUCCAACGUAGAUUCCGAAUGCACAAGCAUGUCUUUGAACGUGUUAUGUAUGCAAUAAUAGAAAAUGAUGCAUGGUUCCAACAAAGGAGAGAUGCUACUGGUCGUCUAGGCUUGUCUCCACUACAAAAGUGCACUGCAGCAAUUAGGAAACUGUCUUACGAUUUAGUCGCCGACGCUUGUGACGAGUACAUAAGAAUAAGCAGAACUACUGCAUAG